ACCAACACUUCCUUUCUCGUAUACAUAUACCCCCAGAGACCCUCACAGCUAGAAACCACUAUGGAUUCUUCAUCUUCCCAAAAUCCCACAGAUAAAGGUAAUACUGCACAACUCUGUAAAAUGGUUUCCAUCGACGACACUUACGCUUAUAUUGACUUAGUACGCCAUCCUGAUGGCACAGUCACUCGUAAACCGAGCAGCCAUCCAUUGAAAUCAACAGCGCCUGACCUUAGCCACCCCACUCCGGUACUCUCAAAAGACGUGACAAUCAACGAAUCAAAUCACACUUGGGCUCGAAUAUUCUUGCCUCGCCAUGCACUUGAUCAAUCUUCCUCCUCAUAUGCACCACUUCCUCUCAUUGUAUAUUAUUGUGGUGGAGGGUUCGUCACAUUGUCUGCAGAUACAAUAUACUGUCAUGAUUUUUGUUCCAACAUGUCUUUACAACUCUCUGCGGUGGUUGUCUCCCUCAACUACCGUCUCGCCCCGGAGCACCGCUUGCCGGCAGCCUACGAUGACGGCGUGGAAGUAUUGAACUGGGUCGGAAAAACAAACGAUGAGUGGUUGAAAGAGCAUGCCGAUUUGACUAAGGUGUUCAUCAUGGGAUCUAGUGCGGGCGGUAACCUAGCUUACCAUGUCGGAUUACGUGUUGCGGCCGCAGGAGUUGAUCAAUUUAAGCCGUUGAAGAUUAACGGCUUGAUAUUGCACUAUCCAUACUUCGGUGGGGCCAAGAGAUGUGAAUCCGAGUUGAGGUUAAUAAACAGCCACCUUAUGCCUCCUUGGUUAAGUGAUCCAGCGUGGGAACUCUCAUUGCCAAUUGGAGCUGAUCAAGAUCACGAGUACUGCAAUCCGACGGUGGGGGAUGGGCCAAAAUUGUUGGAGAAGAUAAAGUUAUUGGGUUGGAAGGUAUUGCUGUCUACUUGCGAUGGGGAUUGGGCGUUUGACCGGCAAAUUCAACUAGCAAAUAUGAUGGAAGAAAAGGGUAUCAAGGUGGAGAGGAGGAUCGUUAUUGGAGAUUAUCAUGGGGAGGAAGCCACAGAAUUACCUAAGCAGCAAAAACUGAUGAUAGCCUUAAAAGAUUUCGUAUUUUAAUCUUCAUUUGCUCAAUUUUAUUUCUAAUUGAUGUUUGUUGCCCUGUGUUCCAAGUUUGUAAUUUAUGUUUUCAUGUUUGGUUUGCUCUCCUUUUAUGGCAGCUUCUAAUAAUAAGUUAUGUUUUUUGCUCUUCA